GACAGCGAACGGAGCCGGGCAGUAGCGUGGCGGGGAUCAGCGAAUGGCACCGGGCGGCAUUGAGGUGGAGAACAGCGAAUGGAACCUGCCCGGCAUCGUGGAAGUGACAGCGAAUGGAACCGGGCAGGCACUGGAGUGUGACAGCGGAUGGGGCAGAGCAGCACCGAGGAGUGAUAGCGAACAGAACCGGGGAGGCACCGGGGCCCUGCUGCGCCUGCCGGAAGCAGGACAGCUCCGGCGGCGGCUCCCUCCCUGGCGGCGGCUGGCGGCGACGGGUGGAAAUGAGCAGGUCGGCGGCGCUUCUCCUCUGCCUGCUGGGCUGUAACGUGUGGAAGGCGGUGACCAAAACCUUAGCGGCGCCCGAGGCGGCUCAAGAGGUGACGCUGAAGGUGCACGUCAGCGAUGCCAGCACUCACCAGCCUCUAGCUGAAGCCUUCAUUGAGAUUUUUACCAACCAGAUCUCCAUUGCAUCUGGGACCUCAGGAGCAGAUGGCACUGCCUUCCUCAAGUUUCAGUACAAGCUGGGCAGCCAGCUGACAGUGACUGCCAGCAAGCAUGCCUAUGUGCCCAACUCUGCACCCUGGAAACCUGUGAGGCUGCCUGUGUUCUCCUCGCUGAGUCUCGGCCUGCUGCCCGAACGCUCUGCCACCCUCAUGGUCUACGACGACGUAGUCCAGAUAGUCUCAGGAUUCCAAGGCGCUCGGAGCCAGCCCCAGGUGCACUUCCAGAGGAGGUCUGUCAGGCUGCCAGAGAACAGCAGCUACAGCGACCUGACAGCUUACCUGACUGCAGCCAGCUCGCCCUGGGAGGUGGACAGCUUCCCCUACCUGCAGGGGCUGGAUGGGAACGGAACAGGGAACAGCACCAGGUACGACCUGACCCCUGUGACCGCCGUCAGCGUGCACCUCCUGAGCAGCGACGGGACGCCGGUGCCCGUCAACGGCCCCAUCUAUGUCACGGUGCCGCUGCCGCCCAACUCCAACCUGAAGCACAAUGCCCACGUCCCGGCCUGGAGGUUCGACCAAAAGUUUGGGACAUGGCUGAAGAGUAGCCUGGGCCUGGUACAGCAAGAAGGGAACCAGCUGACCUGGACCUACAUCGCACCUCAGCUGGGCUACUGGGUCGCAGCUAUGUCCCCUGCCACCCCAGGUCCCAUUGUGACUCACGACAUUAGCAGCUACCACACCAUGUUCCUGCUGGCCAUCCUGGGGGGGAUGGCUCUCAUCCUCCUGGUCUUGCUCUGUCUGCUUCUCUAUUACUGCAGAAGAAAGUGUCUGAGGCCUCGUCAGCACCAUAAGAAGCUGCAGCUCUCCACAGCCCUGGACACAUCCAAGAAGGACCAGGCCACCUCCAUGUCCCACAUCAACCUGAUCUUCUCUCGCCGCGAGUCGGAGUUCCCCGGCGGCCUGUCGGUGGCCAGCAACGGGCACGCCGACAGCUCGGGCGCCAAGGAGCUGCUGGGCGCCGUGCACAUGGAGAUGGCAUCGCCCGGCGGGGAGGCAGACAUGCACACGCCCAUGCUCAAGCACUCCUUCAGCACCUCGCAGGAGUUCAGCUCCCGAGAGGAGCUGCUGUCCGACAAGGAGCAGGAGAAGAGCAGGCUGUCCCUGGCGGAGCUGACGCCCCGCGGGUCGCUGCGGAAGGGCUACCACCAGUCGGCAGACAGCUUCCCCCUCCAGAGGAGGCAGUCCAGCGAGGUGGCCGAGUGCUACGAGUCCCCUGGCAAAGAGGAGUACCGGAGGAGCUACAACGCCAUGCUGUCCCAGCCCUUGUUUGAGAAGCAGGAGAGGGAAAUCCAAGUGUCCAUGGCCCACCUAGCUGCGGGCAGCAAGUACAACGUGCAGGAGCAGCUGUACCCCCCGCCCGCCGCCCCCGAGAAGGAGCUGCUGGACUGCAGGCCUGCCGACUGCCUGAUGUCUCGCUCGGUGGACCACCUGGAGAGGCCAACGUCGUUCCCUCGGCCGGGCCAGCUCAUCUGCUGCAACUCCGUCGACCAGGUCAACGACAGCGUUUACAGGAAGGUCCUGCCCGCCCUGGUCAUCCCGGGGCACUACAUGAAGCUGCCGGGAGAGCACCCUUUCGUCAGCCAGCCCCUGGUCGUCCCAGCUGACCAGCAGAUUGACAUAGAAAGACUGCAGGCUGAGCUUCCGAACCCCCACGCCCGGCUUUUCCCGCACCCCCCGCAGCAGCUGCAGCCCCAGCAGUUGGCCUCCCAAGCGGUGUCUCAGCAGCACCUGCAGGACGCGGGCGCGGCCGAGUGGAGCCAGCAGGGCGCGGCCAUGUCCGAGUCCAUCUCCAUCCCUGCCUCCCUCAACGACGCCUCCCUGGCCCAGAUGAACAGCGAGGUCCAGCUCCUGACGGAGAAGGCUCUGAUGGAACUGGGGGGCGGGAAGCCCCUGCCCCAUCCCCGGGCGUGGUUCGUGUCUCUGGACGGGCGCUCCAACGCCCACGUGAGGCAUUCCUACAUCGACCUGCAGAGAGCCGGCAGGAACGGCAGCAACGACGCCAGUUUGGACUCCGGUGUGGACAUGAACGAGCCCAAAUGCGGGCGGAAGGGGAGAGCGGAGCCGCUGCCCGCGGGGCAGGGGCAGGGGCAGGCGGCGGAGCUGCAGCAGCGAGAGCGGCAGGGCGCGGGCGGCGCAGCCUACACCCAGCUGGUCUACCUGGACGACAUGGACCAGAGCGGCAGCGAGUGCGGCACCGCCGGCUGCAGCCCCGAGGACAAUGCCCUGCGCUGCCUGCUGGAGGGCAGCGCCAAGAGGAGCGGCGUGCAGCUGCCCAGCCUCCAGGAGGAGAGCAGGACUGCGGAUACCAAACCAGAGCCAUUAACUAGUCCCGAACACGGAACCUCGGUCCGAGACGAGGAGGAGGAGGACGACGAGGAGGACGAGGAAGACGACCAAGGCGAAGAUAAGAAGAGCCCUUGGCAGAAACGGGAGGAAAGACCUCUAAUGACUUUCAAUCUAAAGUGAGCUGUCCUGAGAAUCCACCCUGCAGUGGAGGAUCAAAUUGCCAAAUAUUCUUUCUGUGGAAGUGCUUGAGUCUGAUCUCUGAUUUUUAACCGUUCUGGGGUCGGUUUGGUUUUGUUUUCAGUUUCUUUGGUUUGGUUGUUGUCGUUGUGGAGAGAAAAAGAGCAAAACAAACUGUGGUGGUGAGCGACGUUUGAGAGAACUUCAGUGCAUUACUGUGUAAAUGUUAGAGAAGAAUUAAAAUCAUUCCUUUGACCCCCAGGGCUGCCCCCUCCCCACCCCCCACGGCAGCCAAGCUGAGCAAAGAGUGUGAUUGUGAUUCCAUAUACUUGAGCUUGGUCAUCCAGGACCUUCUUUGGGUUGCUUUCUGACCUCAAUCUCCUGAUGUCUGGGGAGCUGGAGAAGCAUUUUGGGGGGUGGGUUUUGGUUGGGGUUGUUUCCUAGGCCAGCUUUCUGCUGACAGUGCUACUGAGAGUACCCAAGAAGCACUCCGGCGGCUUCCCACACCGUGCAUUACCUGCAGCAGAGGCUAUGCAUCGCUGCUUUUCUGUUCUAAGGAAGGGUUUGCUUCUCUUGAGCUUUUUUGUUGGUGGGAUUCCCCCCCCCCCCCCCCUUCAUUUUACAAGUUGGUUGUAAACCUUUUUCUAUCCUUUUGAUUCUGAACUCCUCAGCAAUUUCCUUUUUGUUCUGGUGUAAAAGCUGCAGGAAACUCGAGUAGCAUUCCCUUAGCAUUGAAGCCUUUUGAUGAAACCAAACUGAACUUUGUCUCCACUUUAAAGAUUUCCUCCAAUUCUGGUCCCCUUUACUCAAAGUGCCUUUUUUACAGUCACACUGAACACUCCCCUCCUUUUGCUAACUCCUUUGCAUUGGGAUUUUAUAAGCCCCUGACCUUCUCUACCUUCUUUUAUUUCUUUGGAAGCUGCAUGCCAAGAGUCCCAUUUUGUGCUGAGCAUUCCUCAUUUCAGUGUAUUCUGUAGCUAUCCUUGUAUGUUGUGGAAUUCUGUUUAGCCAGGGUUAGACUUUAGGAGAGAGACAUUUGGAAGGGCCCAGAGUAGCCAAGAAGAUAGUUCCACUGACUGUAUAUAUUUGCUAGUUCCUUCUGGAAUCAGGAGCUGACCAUGCUCGUAUAAAAUGAACUGCAGGCCCAGAAAGUGGACUGGAAUGUGUCUAGAAAAAAAAAAAACCCAAGAGAAAACAAUUGGGAAAGAAAAAGAGGAAAAAAAAAGAGACACCCUCCCCCUCAAACCCUGUACUAUCCAAAAGUGCCAGAACUGACUCUUCUGUGCUUUCUCCAUACAGAGCUGCUUGGUUAUCCAAAAAUUAUAACUGAAAAUAAACUGAAAAGAAAAAAAAACAACAAACAAACCCAAAAGACUCUGGGUGGU